AUGAAUGGCCCCGUCGAUACGCCGAGAGCGCCCGUAAUGGAGUAUAGCCCGGGUUGCGAAUUUCACCGAGCCGACCAACAACACAUCAGGAGACAGAUGUCGGUGUCAAUUGAGGUGUUUAUUUGUUGGCCAGGAUGUAGCUAUGACACACGUCAGCUUUUGUUGUUUUCGGUUGGAUGUAAGGCGGGAAGGAAAGGGCAGCAACACAUACUAGGCGUGGAUGACACCUGGUACCCAACCCAGGAUACACAGACAGAUGUUGAUGAGGAGAUCACAGCUGCAUCCGGUGCGCAUGAAGACACCCACGAAGGGGAGGAAGAAGGCGAUGAUGAUUUCGCAGCAGCCGCUGUUGUGAGAUUUGAUUAG